AUGGCGGUGGCCGAGCUAUACACAAAGUACAACAGGGUUUGGAUUCCUGAUUCUGAAGAAGUUUGGAAGUCUGCUGAAAUAGCAAAGGACUAUAGAGUUGGUGACAAAGUCUUGCAACUCCUGCUGGAGGAUGGAACGGAGCUGGAUUAUUCCAUUGAUCCUGAAUGUCUGCCUCCACUUCGGAAUCCUGACAUCCUUGUGGGUGAGAACGACCUCACAGCCCUCAGCUACCUCCACGAGCCUGCGGUGCUCCACAAUCUCAGAAUCCGUUUUGCAGAAUCCAAACUCAUUUACACCUACAGCGGAAUCAUCUUGGUGGCCAUGAAUCCUUACAAGCAGCUGCCGAUAUAUGGAGAUGCCAUCAUCUACGCCUACAGUGGGCAGAACAUGGGCGACAUGGACCCACACAUAUUUGCUGUGGCAGAAGAGGCAUACAAGCAGAUGGCCAGAAACAAUAAAAACCAGUCAAUAAUUGUAAGUGGGGAGUCUGGUGCUGGAAAGACAGUGUCUGCUCGCUAUGCCAUGAGGUACUUUGCCACCGUCAGCAAGUCCAGCAGUAAUGCUCACGUGGAAGACAAGGUCCUAGCAUCAAACCCCAUAACUGAGGCUGUUGGAAAUGCCAAGACCACCCGCAAUGACAACAGCAGUCGGUUUGGGAAAUACACGGAAAUUAGUUUUGAUGAGAGAAAUCAAAUUAUAGGCGCGAACAUGAGAACUUACCUGCUGGAGAAAUCCAGAGUUGUCUUUCAAUCAGAAAAUGAACGAAAUUACCACAUUUUCUAUCAGCUUUGUGCAUCUGCACAGCAGUCGGAAUUUAAACAUCUUAAAUUAGGGAGUGCAGAAGAAUUUAAUUAUACGCGAAUGGGAGGCAGUACGGUCCUUGAGGGUGUGAAUGACAGAGCUGACAUGAUAGAGACUCAGAAGACCUUCACACUGCUGGGUUUCAAGGAAGAUUUUCAGAUGGACGUUUUUAAGGUCCUGGCAGCCAUCCUACAUCUGGGCAACGUACAGAUCACGGCAGUGGGCAACGAGAGAUCAGUGAUCAACGAGGAUGAUGGUCACCUGGAGGUGUUCUGUGAGCUCCUGGGCCUGGAGAGUGGCAGAGUGGCUCAGUGGCUGUGUAAUCGCAAGAUCGUCACAACCUCCGAGACAGUGGUGAAGCCCAUGACCAGGCCCCAGGCUGUCAAUGCCAGGGAUGCACUGGCCAAAAAGAUCUACGCUCACCUGUUUGACUUCAUUGUGGAGAGAAUUAACCAAGCCUUGCACUUUUCAGGCAAGCAGCACACUUUUAUUGGUGUUUUGGACAUUUAUGGUUUUGAAACCUUUGAUGUGAACAGCUUUGAACAGUUUUGCAUCAAUUAUGCUAAUGAAAAGCUGCAACAGCAGUUUAACCUGCAUGUCUUUAAACUUGAACAAGAAGAAUAUAUGAAGGAAGACAUUCCUUGGACUCUGAUAGAUUUUUAUGACAACCAACCAGUCAUUGACCUGAUUGAAGCAAAAAUGGGCAUUUUGGAGUUACUGGAUGAAGAAUGCUUGUUACCACAUGGGACUGAUGAAAACUGGCUUCAAAAGCUGUAUAAUAAUUUUGUCAACAGAAACUCUUUGUUUGAAAAACCCAGAAUGUCAAACACCUCCUUUAUCAUCCAGCACUUUGCAGAUAAGGUAGAAUAUAAAUGUGAAGGUUUCCUUGAGAAGAACAGAGAUACCGUCUAUGACAUGCUGGUUGAAAUCCUGAGAGCAAGCAAGUUUCAUCUAUGUGCCAACUUUUUUCAAGAAAAUCCGGUUCCUUCUUCCCCAUUUGGUUCAGCGAUCACAGUUAAAUCUGCAAAGCCAGUCAUCAAGCCAAACAACAAGCAUUUCCGGAGCACCGUGGGGAGCAAGUUCCGCAGCUCUCUCUACUUGCUCAUGGAGACUCUCAACGCCACCACUCCCCACUAUGUCCGGUGCAUUAAGCCAAAUGAUGAGAAACUGCCCUUUGAGUUUGACUCCAAAAGAAUUGUUCAGCAGCUGCGAGCCUGUGGCGUCUUAGAAACAAUUCGCAUUAGUGCCCAGAGCUACCCUUCUAGGUGGACAUACAUUGAGUUCUACAGCCGCUACGGGGUCCUCAUGACCAAGCAGGAGCUUUCAUUCAGCGAUAAAAAGGAGGUGUGCAAAGUGGUCUUACACCGGCUCAUCCAGGAUUCUAAUCAGUACCAGUUUGGCAAAACCAAAAUUUUCUUCAGAGCAGGGCAAGUGGCUUAUUUAGAAAAACUCCGGUUGGAUAAACUGAGGCAGGGUUGUAUUGUGAUACAAAAGCAUGUCCGUGGCUGGCUCCAGAGAAAAAAAUUCCUCAGAGAGAGACGAGCAGCCGUGAUCAUCCAGCAGUAUUUCCGGGGUCAGAAAACUGUGAGGAAAGCGGUUACUGCCACAGCCUUAAAAGAAGCAUGGGCAGCCACUGUCAUUCAGAAGUGCUGUCGAGCGUAUCUCGUCCGCAACCUGUACCAGCUGAUUCGCGUGGCCACCAUCACCAUCCAGGCCUACACCCGAGGGUUCCUGGCAAGGAGGAGGUAUCAAAAGAUGCUGAAGGAACACAAGGCUGUGAUCCUUCAGAAAUAUGCCCGGGCCUGGCUGGCCAGACGCAGAUUCCAGAAUAUCCGACGAUUCGUGCUCAACAUUCAGCUCACUUACAGAGUUCAGCGUUUGCAGAAAAAGCUAGAAGACCAGAACAAAGAGAACCACGGGCUGGUGGAGAAGCUGACCUGCUUGGCUGCCCUUCGGGCCAGUGACGUGGAGAAGAUUCAGAAACUGGAAUCCGAACUGGACAGAGCAGCCACCCACAGGCAGAAUUAUGAGGAGAAGGGGAUGAGAUACAGGGCUUCCGUGGAAGAGAAAUUGGCAAAGCUUCAGAAGCAUAAUUCAGAAUUGGAGAUACAAAAAGAGCAAAUACAGCAGAAGCUUCAAGAGAAGACUGAAGAGUUGAAAGAAAAAAUGGAUAACCUCACCAAGCAGCUCUUUGAUGAUGUGCAAAAAGAAGAACAACAAAGAAUACUUCUUGAAAAAAGUUUCGAACUGAAAACACAGGACUAUGAGAAGCAGAUCCGGUCUUUGAGAGAAGAAAUUAAAGCUCUCAAGGAUGAGAAGAUGCAACUGCAGCGUGAGCUGGAGGAAGAGCGGGUCACCUCUGAUGGCCUGAAAGGGGAAGUGGCCCGGCUGAGCAAGCAGGCAAAGACGAUCUCUGAGUUUGAAAAGGAGAUAGAGUUACUUCAGACACAGAAGAUAGAUGUGGAAAAACAUGUGCAGUCCCAGAAAAGGGAAAUGAGAGAAAAGAUGUCAGAGAUUACCAGACAACUUCUUGAAAGCUAUGACAUUGAAGAUGUAAGAAACAGGCUGUCUCUGGAAGAUUUGGAACAUUUAAAUGAGGAUGGAGAACUUUGGUUUGCUUACGAAGGACUAAAGAAAGCAACACGUGUUUUGGAGAACCAUUUCCAGUCCCAGAAGGAUUGCUAUGAAAAGGAGAUUGAAGCUCUGAACUUCAAAGUGGUGCAUCUAAGUCAGGAAAUCAACCACCUGCAGAAAUUAUUUAGAGAAGAGAAUGACAUCAAUGAAAGUAUCCGUCAUGAAGUUACCAGGCUAACGUCAGAAAACAUGAUGAUCCCAGACUUUAAACAACAAAUUUCAGAACUGGAAAAACAGAAGCAAGAUCUUGAAAUCCGCCUGAAUGAACAAACUGAAACCAUGAAAGGAAAACUAGAAGAAUUGUCAAAUCAGUUGAAUCACAAUCAAGAAGAAGAAGGAGCACAGAGAAAGACCAUAGAAGCCCAAAAUGAAAUACAUACCAAAGAGAAAGAGAAGCUGAUGGAUAAGAUUCAAGAAAUGCAGGAGGCCAGCGAGCACUUGAGGAAACAAUUUGAAACUGAAAAUGAAGUCAAGAGUAGUUUCCGGCAGGAAGCAUCUCGUCUCACUAUGGAGAAGAGGGAUCUUGAAGAAGAGUUAGACAUGAAGGAAAGAGUGAUUAAAAAGUUACAAGAUCAAGUGAAGACUCUAACCAAGACAAUUGAAAAAGCCAAUGAUGUGCACCUGUCCUCAGGACCCAAGGAGUACCUUGGAAUGCUGGAAUACAAGAGAGAAGAUGAGGCCAAGCUCAUUCAAAACCUCAUUCUUGAUCUGAAGCCCCGUGGUGUGGUGGUGAACAUGAUCCCCGGGCUGCCAGCUCACAUCCUAUUCAUGUGUGUACGCUACGCAGACUCUCUAAAUGACGCCGACAUGCUCAAGUCCCUCAUGAACAGCACCAUUAGUGGCAUCAAGCAGGUGGUUAAGGAACAUUUAGAAGACUUUGAGAUGCUGUCCUUUUGGCUUUCCAAUACCUGUCAUUUCCUCAAUUGCCUGAAGCAGUACAGUGGAGAAGAGGAAUUCAUGAAGCAUAAUAGUCCACAUCAGAAUAAGAAUUGCUUGAACAAUUUUGACCUUUCAGAAUACAGACAGAUUCUUAGUGAUGUGGCUAUACGAAUAUAUCAUCAGUUCAUUAUCGUGAUGGAAAAUAACAUUCAACCAAUAAUAGUGCCAGGCAUGCUGGAGUACGAGAGUCUGCAGGGCAUUUCUGGCCUGAAGCCCACAGGCUUCCGGAAGCGGUCCUCCAGCAUAGAUGACACGGAUGCCUACACGAUGACCUCCAUCCUGCAGCAACUGAGCUACUUCUACAGCACCAUGUGCCAGAAUGGCCUGGACCCUGAGAUCGUGAGGCAGGCAGUGAAGCAGCUCUUCUUCUUGAUCGGGGCAGUCACCCUAAACAGUCUCUUCUUGCGCAAGGACAUGUGCUCCUGUAGAAAAGGGAUGCAGAUAAGGUGCAACAUCAGUUACUUAGAAGAAUGGCUUAAAGAUAAGAAUUUACAGAACAACUUGGCCAAGGAAACUUUGGAGCCUCUCUCACAGGCAGCAUGGUUGCUUCAGGUGAAGAAGACCACCGACAGUGAUGCCAAGGAGAUCUACGAACGCUGUACCUCCCUGUCUGCCGUGCAGAUCAUAAAGAUUCUUAAUUCAUACACACCUAUAGAUGACUUUGAAAAAAGAGUGACUCCAUCCUUCGUUCGCAAAGUGCAGGCUCUCCUAAACAGCCGAGAGGAUUCAUCACACCUGAUGCUGGACACCAAAUACCUCUUUCAAGUCACAUUUCCUUUCACUCCCUCUCCACAUGCUCUGGAAAUGAUCCAAAUCCCCAGCAGUUUUAAGCUUGGCUUUCUCAAUAGGUUAUAG